UGCUGCUGCUGCUGCUGUUCAUAAAAAUCAAUGGCGAGGAUGAAUCGAAAUAAACAAAGAAUUGAUGGUGGAGAAGAGAGUUGGAUUAAAGGAGUUGUAGUGAUUGUUCAUGAUUUUGGGGAACCGGGACCUGCUAAAUCGGUUUCUCUUCAGUUUUAUAGUGCAACGGAACUCGAUCAUAAUAGCGGAAAAGGAAAAUUAAGCAAAAAGGGGAAAUUAGAAGAAUGGAAAAGGAAGAAGAAGAAGAGUGAUGGAGGAAGAAUAAUGAUGAGAAGCUAUAAAAUAAAAUUAAAGGUUGAAAAAGGGUUUGGAAUUCCAGGGGCUUUCUUGAUAACAAAUCAACAUAACCAUAAAUUCUUCCUUAAGGGAGCUUUCUUCCAAACUCCAAACCAUUCCCAAGUAAUACAUUUUGAUUGCAACUCAUGGAUUUAUCCAAUCAACCUCGUCAAUCACUCUCAUUAUCUUUUCUUCUCCAACACUAGUUACAUUCCAAGCAAAACACCAAGUGCACUCAUGGAGCUAAGAAGAAUGGAGUUGAGAAAGCGAAGAGGAGAUGGUAGAAGAGAAAGGAUGGAGGAAUGGGAAAGGAUUUAUGAGUAUGAUUGUUACAAUAAUAAUUAUAUUGGAAACUCUGAAGAAGAAUGUAGAACUAUGAUUGAUGGAUCCUCCUCUCUUCCUUAUCCUCGUCGAAUAAGAACUCUUCGUCCUAAUCUUGAUAGUUUAAGAGAGAAAAUGGAUAUAGAGACAUACAUACCUGCUGAUGAAAGAAUGAGCCACAACAAAGUGAAAGAAUUGGCUUCAAAUUCAGUGGAAGCUGCUCUUCAAUUCCUCAUUCCAACGAUAAAAACCCUAAACUAUCAACCUUCCACUAUUGAUCAUUUCAAGUCUUUUGUUGAAUUGCAUUGUUUCUUUUGGGCCCCAAAACCAUCCAAUUUGGCUAAAGCAGACAUAUGGACCAAACUUGAAGUCCAAAAAUUUCUCCCACAAAACAUUUUCCAACAAAUUCUUUCUCAAAAGCAUCCAUUCUUGUAUCCACUUCCUCAAUUUCUUAUUGCCAAUGAAGAUGCCUGGAUGGAUGAUGAUGAAUUCGCUAGACAAAUGCUUGCAGGAACCAAUCCUGUGCGAAUCACAUGCUUACACAAUUUUCCACCAGAAAGCAAAACCAAAGUGGUUAGUACGAUAAAAGCAUCAGAUAUUGAACACAGCCUAGAUGGUCUUACCCUUCAGCAGGCAAUAGUGGAGAGAAGAAUAUUCAUGUUGGACCAUCAUGACUAUCUAAUGCCAUUUCUGAAUAGAAUAAACAGUGGCGAUGUAUUUGCCUAUGCAUCUCGAACCCUACUCUUCUUAAGGUCUGAUUCUACACUAAAGCCUUUAGCAAUUGAACUUUCUUUACCAUACUCUGAAGCUGAAGGAGAAGAGAUAAGUUGGGUUUACCUGCCAGCAGCUGAAGGCUUGGAGGCUGCCCUGUGGCAGCUUGCCAAAGCACAUGUCGCUGCCAACGACUCCGUCUACCAUCAACUCAUCAGCCAUUGGCUACAUACCCAUGCAGUUGUUGAGCCCUUCAUCAUUGCCACUCGCAGACAGUUGAGUGUUAUGCAUCCAAUCUACAGAUUGCUGAAUCCUCAUUUCAAAGACACCAUACACAUCAACUCACUAUUUAGGAGCUUCCUGUUGCAACCUGAUGGGAUCUUUGAGAAGAUAUUGUUUUCUGGUAAGUUCUCCAUGGAACUAUCUUCGGAGCUCUACAAAGAGUGGCGGUUUGAUGAGCAUGGCCUCCCAGCAGACCUGCUGAAAAGAAAGAUGGCUGUAAGAGAUCCAGAUCCGGGAAACCCGAGCGGAGUUCGCCUCAUCUUCCCUGACUAUCCAUAUGCAGAAGACGGCCUUGAGAUAUGGACCGCAAUCAAGACAUGGGUGAAGAGUUUCUCUUCAAUCUUUUAUAAAGAUGAUGACUCUGUACAUUCUGAUGAAGAACUACAAGCUUGGUGGUCUGAGAUCCGAAAUGUUGGUCACGGCGACAAGCCCCACAAAUCAGGGUGGUAUGAAAUGGCCACACUACCUGACUUGGUAGAGGCCUUAACAACUCUCAUAUGGACAGCAACUGGACUCCAUGCUGCUGUGAAUUCAGGGCAAUAUGCAUACGCCAGCUACCCUCUUAAUCGUCCCACACUCUGUUACAAGUUCAUUCCCAGUGAAGGAACAGUUGAAUAUGCUGAAUUCUUGAGUGAUCCAGAUAAAUAUUAUCUCGAAAUGAUACCUGGAAAGUUUGAAACUGCACUUGCCGCUGCAUUGACAGAGGUCCUUUCACAUCACGCAAUGGAUGAACUGUACCUGGGAAGGUCAUCCUACAACUGGACAGAUAAUGCAAAGGCUCGACAUAGCUUCAGUGAGUUCAGUAAAGAACUUAAAAAUAUAGAGAAUAGAAUAGAAGAAAGAAAUCGAGAUCCCAACCGCAAGAACAGAAGUGGACCCGCCAAGAUACCGUACAAACUUUUGUUGCCUGAUACAUCAAAUUUUAUUCCAAAAGGAGGGAUCCGAGGUAAAGGGAUUCCAAACAGCAUAUCUAUAUGAUGCAGUCUCAUGAAAUUACUUUAAAAUUACUUUCAAUCAGAAAUAUGAGCAAGACCAUUCAUUAAUCAUUCACCUUUUCUAAAUAUGAGAACGAGAAAUCUGCUACCUAAUUA